CGUUUUAAAAAACACAUGAAAAGAUUUUGUUGUGGCGAAGUUUUAAUUUAUUCUGUCAUUUUAAAGUGGAUCAAAUUGAAUAUAAAGGAGUCAAUUACAUACAAACAUACAGUGUAUGUGAAAACAACCAUCGAAAUGACGGAAGAAUCACAAGUUCGCGCGUUUUACGCCGGUAAAAACUUUUUUAUAACCGGGGGCACAGGCUUCGUUGGAUUAUGCCUGAUAGAAAAAAUAUUGAGAUGCAUACCGGAAUCGGGAAAAUUAUAUUUAUUAAUGCGACCAAAGAAAGGAAAAGACAUUUCGGAGAGGCUUAACGAAUUUCCUGAUCAUUCGGUAUUCGAGAAACUACUGCAAACAGAAUCAAAAGACAUAUUUUCCAAACUAAUACCAAUAUCAGGGGACGUAGGUUCCGAAGACCUAGGGCUUUGCCCUGAAGACAGACAAUUACUUAUAGAAAAUGUCAACAUGGUAAUACAUUCUGCCGCUACAUUGGAUUUUGAAGAGAAUUUGAAACCAACGGUGAAAAUUAAUGUUUUGGGAACGAGGAGGGUCAUGCAAUUGUGCCAGGAAAUGAAGGAUUUGAAGGCGAUGGUACAUGUAUCAUCAGCAUAUGUGAACUCAUAUCUACUAGAGGCAGAGGAGAAAGUAUACGAAACGCCGGCUGACGUUGAUAGUGUUAUAAAUUUGGUUAACCGUCUCUCGGACAAGGCGUUGGACGAUAUGGAGAAAACAAUACUCCGAGGCCAUCCGAAUACCUAUACAUUUACAAAGCAUCUCGCCGAGCACGAAGUUAAAAACUGUUCCAACAUGUUCCCCUGCACUAUAGUUAGACCUUCUAUGAUCGUAGCAGCUUGGAAAGAACCAAUGAUUGGAUGGACUUGUUCCAAAGUUGGACCACAAGGAUUUUUAAUGGGCGCCGCUAAAGGUGUGGUGCGUAGAUUGCCACUAGCUAAGGAAAAUAUAGCGGAUUACAUUCCCGUGGAUGUUGUCGUAAAUCAGCUUUUAGUGGCCGGUUGGCAUGCUGCUAAACAGAAGUCAGGUCUAACAGUAUACCAUUGUACUACGUCAACACAGAAUCCGUUCCGUUGGACAAUGUUGGACUCGAUUGUGAGCGAAAUGCUGCAUAAUUAUCCUUUGAAAAGCGCUGUUUGGUACCCGCAUUUACAAUUCGUGCCGUCGCUGUUUCUUUUCCGGAUUUCGGCCAUUUUUGUCCACUUUAUCCCGGCUAUUUUAUUAGACACUAUAUUACGUAUCACUGGGGCAAGGCCUAUAUUAUUCCGUCUCCACAAAAACGUAUGGAACUCGUUGAGUCGUUUGGAAAAGUUCAUUUUCACGGAAUGGCGUUUUCAUAAUCCUAACACGAGACAAUUGGCCACGGAGUUGAAUAAAACGGACGAACAGACGUUUUAUAUUAAUAUUGGCACUAUAUAUUGGAUCGAAUUUUUCGUAAACCUGCAUCUGGGAGUUCGAAAAUAUUUGAACAAGGAAAGUGAAAAAACUAUGCCGGCUGCAAAAACUAAGGAUCAAAUAUUAAAAUUCGUCCAUAUUGUUUGGCAAAUUCUUGUUAUUUUCUUAGUUUGGUUUAUUAUUUCCACACUAUUGGGUUUGACGAUGCUUCAAUCGUUCUGGGCUCCACCUAUUGUAUACUUUUUGUAUACACUUUUAUAAUUAUUUUUAAGCAUACAUAAUAAUAAUUAUAUUUUAUGAUAAU